AUGAUCAUAAGCGACGUCAUUGGGAGGAAGCGGCACUUGAACGCGGCAGCGGAGAUUCCUUCUACCACGAUUUCCGCUGAGUCAGCAGAUUCCCUCGCCGCCUCCCACGGCGCCUCCCUCGCUUCCCUCGACUCGCCCAACGACGUCAACUUCCAGGAAGAGUUCACCGGCGACUCGGAGGAGAAGACAUCGACACUUGCUAUAUCUCCUGCCGUCUCGGCCGCCGUCGCCGAGGCGCAGAAGCUUUACGGCUCCAAGGCUGCUGCCAUCGUUGCGGAUCUCGCGCCGUCCCUCGUCAGCGCCGCGUCUCCCGCCGCGAUCGACGCUCACAUCCGCGCGUGCGUGUUCGACGGCCUCGACUCCGCCUUCUACGUCAUGGACGCCGGCGUCGCGCUGCAGCUGCACGCCACGUGGACGCAGCUGCUGCCACGUGUGCACCCCUUCUACGCCGUCAAGUGCAACCCCGACCCGGCGCUCCUCUCCCUGCUCGCAUCCGUCGGCGCAGGUUUCGACGUGGCCAGCAAAGCCGAGAUGGAAAUGGUCGCGGCGGCGUGCGGCGGGUCCCUCCCGGACCCCUCCCGCAUCAUCUACGCCAACCCCUGCAAGCUCCCGGCACACAUCCGCUUCGCGGCGGUGGCCGGCGUGAACAUGACGACGUUCGACUCGGUCACGGAGCUGCAGAAGCUGCGCCGCUGGAACCCGUCCGCGCAGGCGGUGCUGCGCGUGCGCGUGGACGACCCGGGCGCGCGCUGCCCCAUGGGGGUGAAGUACGGCGCGGAGGCGGAGGAGUGCCCGGAGCUGCUGGCGGCGGCGCAGGAGCUCGGCGUGGAGGUGGUUGGCGUGGCGUUCCACGUGGGCAGCGGAGCCAAGGAUGCGCGGAUUCUCGGAGACGCGAUCAUGCUCGCGAGGGAUGUCUUCAACGUGGCGGAGCAGCUGGGCAUGGCGCCGUUGUCGCUGCUGGACAUCGGAGGAGGAUUCACGUACGACGGGCUGCAGGAUGACGACUACGCGAGCGCCGGUGGUGGAGCGGAGGGCGCUGAGGAUGGUGGUGCUGAUGGGGAGAUGUCGUUCCUGAAGGCGUGCUACUCCGUGAACGUCGCUCUGGCAAAGUACUUUCCUGAAGAGAUGGGCGUGCGUGUGAUCGCCGAACCUGGGCGCUUCUUCGCGGAAGCUCCCUUCACGCUGGCUACGAAGGUGUUUGGCGUGCGCUCCCGAAGGACCACGGCCAGCAAGGCUGCUGCGCUCGCCGCUCUCACCGAGCACGCGUCGAGCUCCUCGGGAAACGCGUCGGCUGGUGAAUGCGCGGUGAUGGAAUACUGGAUUGAUGAUGGCAUCUACGGGUCCAUGAACUGCCUGCUGUACGACCAUGCCGUCAUCUCCGCUCGCCCUGUCAAGAUGGCUGCUGAGGGACAAGAUGCGGCGGAGGAGGAGGGGCAGCUGUGCCGGUCGACGGUGUUUGGGCCGACGUGCGAUGGCUUGGACACGAUUCUGAGGGAUGUGUGGCUGCCGCGCCUCGACCUGGAUGACUGGCUGGUGUUUCCGAAGAUGGGUGCGUACACCCAAGCAGCUGGGUCCAGCUUCAAUGGCUUCGUCACGUCUGACAUCGGAAUUGUUCGCGUCUUCUCGUCAGCCUUCCCGAAGCGCCUUGCUGAGGCUGCUGCAUGCCUGCACGACCGCGUGGCUGAUGCCUUGUCUUUCUCUGACAGCGAUGCCAUGGUACGCACAGCAAUCCUGGUGGCAGCAGCCCACUGGAAAACUGAGGUGAAGGAGGAGCAAGCAGCAGCGGGCUUGGAGCAGUUCAACUGGCAGGAGAUCGGAAGGGGAGUAAGGAGAGGAGGAGUGCGGGGACGGGGAGUAAGACGGGGAGCGGUAAAGGGAAGGGGAGGAGGUGAGGGAGGAGGAGGAGGUGGUGCGUCUAGCCGGCCGCGCGCCGAACCUCCAGUCCUUCCCUCCCUUUCAUCGUUUUCGUUCCUCCUGAUGCUUAAUCCUCCCCCCUGUUCUUUCUGCCCUGUCCCCCUAUCCUUCCCUCCCCUUCUUCUCCCUCCCUCCUUUCCCCUCUCCCAACCCACUGCUCCCCCCUGCUCUCAUCCGUCCCCUUGCCCCCAUUCGUCCCUUUUCCCCCACUACCGUCGCUGCUUUUCCUGCUCAUUUCCCCCUUUCCUGAACCCUUCCUUUUCCUCUCUCACAUCCCUUCCCGAGGCAGGAUUGGGCGCGACGGUAGCAAGCGGCUCGCUCCCACCGUCUCUCCACCACCAAUCCUCCUCUCCCCCACUCCCGCCGUCCCUCCUUUCCCCCGUUACCGUUCAAACCUUCCCCCCGUCCCCGUCCCUCCUUCCAUCGGUGUCCGUCCCUCCUUCCCCCACCAUCCACCCUUUACCCUACCCUUGUCCUUUCAAGGCAUCCCCCGAUUCCUAA